AUGGAGCCACCCGCACCCGGUUCAGAGCCGGUCGCGGAGGACCGCAUCGAUGAACCGGACCCCAACUCCAACGCCUCCUCCAAUGGGGAUGGGGCCCCGGCCGCUGCUGCGCCGCCACCUCCCCCCGCGACGCCCCUCCACCUCGACCAGGCCGGAGGCGGCGCCGAUGGGUCGAGCCCCGCCACGGCGGUCGACCCCCGGAAGGGCAAGGGAAUCUCCACCAUUCCUUCUCCUCCGAACUCCGCGAGCAGCAGCAGCGGCAGCUCCCUCGACUUCGGCGCGGCCUUCGGAGACGAGGUCGGGGAGUCGAGCAAGAUGGGCGGCAGAAAGGCGCGGGUGAAGUGGAGCCACCCCGUGGUGGCGGAGACGAGGGAGGUGCCCAACGCGGCGGCGCAUCCGUUGGACUUGGACCCCAAGCUGGUGGCCAGACAGCGGCUUAUCGAGCGGCUGAUUGAAGCGCAGGCGGCCGUCGACAAGGAGCAGCCGUUCGACCCCAACACGGUGUUCGAGCAGACGGUGAUAGAGCAGCUGAUUCAAGAGCAGGCGGCAAGCGAGGAGGCGAACAGGCGACGGGAACAGCAGGCGGCCGUCGACAAGGAGAACAGGCGACGGGAACAACAGGCGGCCGUCGAGGAGGGGACCAGGCGAUGGGAACAGCAGUACAACUCGUUGCGCGCGGAAGAGGCGAUGUACCAGAAGGAACAGGAGAAACUAUCACAAGUACAGGUUGUGGUAAAGGUGACACCCAAGCAGGACAAACUACCGCAAGUAAAGGGGAAAUCGAUCUGGAGUCGAGUCAAGAACAAGAUUUUUUGUGGAAAAGGAAUGGAAAUAUGUUCGGAACAUGUGAAGCACCAGACACAUCCCAUCACUGAAGUCAGAAGAUAUCAUAAGCUUGCUUCUGACGAGGCAAACCAUCUUGAUGCCUAUUCGGAAUAUCGAUCGGUUAUUGGAGAUGGGGAGUGUUUCUACAGGAGCUUCAUAUUUUCAUACCUUGAGCAAGUUAUUGAUAGGCAGGACACACAUGAGGAACAGCGUCUCCUUGAUGUUGUUCAAAGACUGUCUACGCAACAUGCAAAUCUUCGGUGGAACUCUGAGUUUUCCAGGAGCAGCAGAGCAUUUAAGGAUCUGAUCAAGAAAGUGAUGAGAUGGAAGAAACAUGGCAGGCGGAACAGCAUGGAAUCAACUAGCAGCAACCGUAAAGAGAAACUUCUCGAGUUCUUCAGCAAGUACGAUACGACGCUAGACAUCUUCAUUUUCCUCAGAUUGGUAGUAGCUAUCGAGAUAUGCUCGCACGAGGAGGUGUAUGAACCGCUUAUACCAGGGCUCAGAGGAAAUUACACUCUGGAAGAUUGGUGUAUUCGGCGCGUCACGCCAGCUCGUCGGUUCACGGAUCAUGUUAUGAUGGUGGCCUUGGCCACAGCGCUUGAGGUACCCCUCAGAGUGGAGCGAGUCCGAGGAGGACAUGAUCCAGAUAUCUACACUGUUCCUGGAGUUCUCCGUCCAAGAGUGACCCUGCUGUACUCCGGAGAUCACUACGGAAUCAUCUACCCACGUGCUCCUCCUGCUGAGAAUUCAAGUCAUCAGGCUUCCUAG